UUUUUUUUUUUUUUAUAUUUCUCUUGAAGUUAUUUUUUCUUCCACUGUCUACGUCUCGUCGGUGCUCUUUCAAAUACAGACGCAUCACAGAGUUUGUUUGACCAUCUAACGAGUCAAAACACACGCGAGUUUUCGAAUAUUAAACAGGUCUUUUUCGUCCAUCUUCGCAAUAUGUCUGCAGUAUAACUCAUCGCAAAAAUGUUUACGUGAUUUUAUUAUUUGUUCGCUAAUAAGUUACUAUGAAUACAUUUACACGAGCUAUUCUGAGAGGAUUACAUCACACCAAUAACCACGUAUAACAAGUCGAAACCCGCAAUACGGGUUGGCCACUGAAGAAUGUCGUUAGUCAUAUCGUUUUAAAAAAUAUCAGCUGAAAUAAAAAUUUUAAAAUCAAGUGAAAUCAUAAUUUUCUUCCGGACUAGAAUUCAAUAUUGUUUAGACUUAUAAAUAAUUCGAUGAGUACAUAAUGUGCUGUACGUUUCAUACAUUUCAACAGCGUACUCGGUGAUGAGGUGUGCGGUACAAAAUCGUGUAAUAAAGUGUUCGUCAACACAAUGGUGGACACCAAUAGAGAUAACGAUAACAAUACAGCAAGCAAAGGCAUACUGAAACGGCGCAUUUUUGUUCGAAACGAUAAGCCGGCUCAGGCCACUUCAGCAAAACUUCAAGAAAGCGGUGACUGUUGUGUGGCGAAUUCGUGUAAACGAUACGUAACGUUCGACGAAAUGAUCACAGUUAAGAACGACAAGGACUUAGUGGUAAAAAAACCACUGAAGUUGGAACUUGUCAUCGACAACUGGAAGUCGAACAGUGUGGAAACACACACCGAAAAAAUUCGGCCUAAUUCCGGGAUUGUCAGACGUCUUGUCGACGAGUUCAACACUAUUGAAGAACCGUUAACCGAUAGUUCCAAAAUCGAAUCUACGUCGAUUAAGGAAGAUAAAGUUAAGGAAGACCAGCCAGUGAAAAGCUGUACAAAUAUCUCGCUCUGCGAAGUCUUGAGAACGGUCAACUUAACCACUGACGACCAGUAAACGGAAAAUGCUGUUUUCUAUUGAACAUAUAUUUCUGACAUUACUAGUCUUGACAAAAUAAACGUCUACAAAGUGCAUUUAUUAACGCCUUUAUCUAAUGAAAUAUGUUGAACAGGAAUAUAAUAACAUACCGUUAUAUGUAGGUUUCUUUCUACGAUCGGUCUCUAAACAUUAUAUAGCUAAUGAAUGUAAUAUUUCAUUCUUAUAUCAUUUUUGUAACGGGUGUAUUAUUUAUGCAUGAAUAUAUAUAUUUUUUUUAUUUUGUAGAAAGCGUCAUCAUCAAAGUUGAUUAACGGUAAACCUUUGCUACACGGUCGAUCCCAAUGCUCUGGCAGAGUAAACGAUCUA